AGUAAAGAUGGAGGAAGUUUUUUUGACAAAGAUGGUAAGACUAAGGGAGGUAAAAAUCCUAGUACUACAGCAACAACUUCUACUGGAGGUGACGAUGGAGCUCCUUCUGCGGAGCUGAACGGUACCAAGGGCGCUACAGCAGCCUCAACAGGCUGGAACAAUACGAUAACAUCUCGAACAAGAAGUGCAUCUCAUUCGUGGUACGAGAAUGCUGAUUAUAGUACCCGAGACGAAAAAACUUGGGGUUCGGGGUUUCGCGACAACUACUGGGCAGGCUUCAAACCAUCCUCAACAUCAUCGACAGCCAAAGCUGCCUCACCACCCACUGCCGUUUCCGUCGCCACAACAGCCGUCGGGAAAGCUGCGGGUCUUCUCGCGGUCAAGAGUCAAAGCGCCUUACCAGCAGGAUCUGAAGCCGUCAUGCGGAUGGAAGACGAGGAAGGGGAGGAUGAGGUCAUGCCAGACGGGACGUUGCGGCCGAAACAAGCUGCGAAACAAGACAACCAACAAGACCAAGAGGCACCUCCCCAAGAUCAUCAAGAUGAUGUACCUCCUCAAGACCAAGAUGAUACAUCAAAAGGGGAAAUAGAUGAGGAAUUGACUGGAGCAUACGGAUACUUAAGGCUUCACCUAAUCCAUCUCUAAACCUAAACCUAAUGAAUCCAUAUCCAUCCCUCGACCGUAUGCACCCCCACCCCAAUAGUACAACAGUCUAAGAUACGACGUCAGGAAAGGGGAAGAUCCGGCUAAAGGUAACCAACAGGGUAUGGACACGAGCCGACCUGUGCCGAAGCAGUCGAAUCAAUACAGUUAUGAAGAAGAGUUGUUUAUUUAUACUUUAACUACUUUAGAACUACUGUCCUCCAAUUCAUCUGAUAUCUUUCUUUAUCAACAAAGGAUCAUACUACAGUGUGGUCUCAACAUCAUCUUUAUGAUCUUUAUCAUGUAGUUCCUACAUCAAAGUGACAUCAACUACUUUUUCUACUUAGAAUUCGUGUCUAUUGUAUUGAUCUCAUCCAAUCCAGAACCUAAAUCCUAAUCCUAUGCCUAAGCCUAUUCGACCAGAAAUCUUAUCCUAACCUGUCUAUUCGAGUCUAAUGUAAAACGAAAACGAAAUUUCGAAGACCAUGGAUAUUGCCGGAUGGGACAACUGCGCCUGGGCAUAGCGAAGAAGAUAGAUUGAGUAUUUAUGGCUAUAGCGCUGAAGCAUGUCUCCUUAGUUUCACGAGGGAUGAUCCUUGGUUCUUAGGUAGCUCUGUUGAACUGCGACAGAGAGGACCCACAGCUGCUGAUUACAAGAGAGAAUGCGAACGCCUCACUAGCUCUAAAGUAUGCUUUACAACAUGAGGGAGGCAACGGGUUGCGAGAUUCCUCUGAGAAGAAUGGACGAUUUGAAAAGUCCCGCAGUGUACGUAAGUGUGGAAAGCGUUGCUUGGGUAGCUCAAGCGGCGGAGCAGAUGGAUGGGGAGGACAAGCCUAAAAUCAUGAAGAUGACUGCGGAGUACUACGUAUUGUACUUAUGGCAUGAGAUGAUUCAAAUGAACUUGUUGUUAACCUAGUAACGUCAUGCUGAAAAUUCCUCUCCCAACCACCUGAGCAACAAGAAAAUUCCUUGCAGCGCUCCACAGAGGCGCCUAUAUACUCUUCUAUAUUUAGAUCGACACGUCUUCACACUCCUCUCGUCUCUCUAAUCCCCAAGCCCUUCAAUUGGACUUGUUCCAACGAGUGUGCGUUUGAAGUUCGGCAAGGAUGUACAGGCGGCAAAGCGAAUUACAGACCAGGAGCUCCGUUGAAUGUCGCGGCUUGGCUCAUCGCUACAGAGGGCAAGAACACGCCGUUUUUGUGCUAUAAUUAUGGGGUCUUUCACAAAUUUGAUUUGGACCAGAAGGGCUUGGUGAACAGUCAAUUCGGGUUACUGCAACGUUUGGAUCGAGAAACCAGUGGAUCGAUUCUCGUUGCGAGAACAACUGUUAAGGUCAGCUUUUAUCCAUGUCUCUCGGGUGCUUCUUGGUACCCUUUUCUUCCCUUGUAUUCUUUUCAUGGGAAUAAAGGGGUCCUCGAGAAGAUGAGGGGUCCUCGAGAUGAAUAGAAGCCGACGCUAAAACUGAGGCUCAUAAAAAACUGCGGAGAACCCAACAGAACCACAUGUGGCACAAGGAAUAUUAAGGGUUUCCAAGUUACUCCAUCCUCCACUGUCAUCCUUGACCUAUUUUUUAGCAAAAAAAGGUCCUCCAGGAUGGUUUGAGGAAAGUAAUUCUACAGCCUCGUCUAAGAGUGUGAAUGUUUGGCCCAUGGUCUAGUACCCGCACAGAAGUGGCGUGGAACCUUGUGCAUUCCUUUGAAGAAAAGACACGUUUGCGUGAGGAGCGACGCCUAUUAUGGCAUUACUUGUUACACUAUUUUUACUGCAUGUAAGUACUUGAAGGAUGUGAUUACCAGUUACGGCCCUAUGAGUCACGACUAUCACGACUCAGCGAUAGGCUUCUACGAUAUCCCUCGGCACUCUUCUAGCAGACUUAGUGUCUGCCACAACCCUCGGAACUCUUCUAUCGAACCACCUAUGAGAUGGAAUCGUAUCAGAUGAUGCUUUGGAGAAAAUUAUAGUCCCCAGCUUCGGAGCAACAGCAUCGGGUGGACAAAAGAACAAGCUGGAUGAAAUUAGUCCAUGUUUAUUUCUAUUCGUCCCUAUCAGAUGCUUUGGAGGAAAUUAGUCCCUGUUUAUUUCUAAGACUAGGGACAACUAGGACAUCCACAACCAACUUACAUGUUUAUUUCUAAGAUUACAAGACCGAUGUGAACGGGAUGCCGGUUUUGGACGAAAAAACGGGAAAGCCCAUCUACAAAUGGAAUCAGACACGGCAGUUUUUGGUGACGAAGUGUGAGUUAAGGCUUUGAUAUCUAUCAUAUCUCUUUUUCCUUUGCUGCCUGAAAGGGAUACACUUGACUAGUACUUACCAUAUAUGGACUGCUAAUCUUAUAAUAUAUACACUGACUAGCACUUACCAUAUAAAUAUGGACACACUAGAACUUACGAGUACUAGUGAGUACAUCUUCACUAGACAGUGGAGAUGUACUCACUUGUUCAAUAGUACUUACUAGUACGCACUUACCAUAUAAAUAUGGACUGAUAAUCUUACUGCUAUGUUGUCGUAUGGUGCCAUGCUGAGACGUUAUCACAUGCCAGGUAUCCGAUACUAAACCAGGGAUAAUAGACUAGUAGUCAAAAAUCUACUCACGCAUUUUUCGCUGUGCGAAUGCCAAGGAAAUACUAGACUGAAUAGUUCUUAUCAAGCUUCCCAAAGGACAUGAAAUGGACCCUUUCUCUUCUUCUUCCUCCUCUUCUCACUCUCUUCUAAACUCUUGCUGUGAUAAGUAUAAACAGAAGCUCGCCAAGAUUGAUGGAAUGUCGGAGCAAGAAGUCGAGGAGGAGAUCUACAGGCAAUGUCCCUAUCUUAAGGGUUACCAAAUUGCAUCCCGCACUACCAUCCUUCCCUUCUUUUCCAGUACGAAAGGAGUCAGGGAUGAUCUGAGGAAUGUAAUUUUGCAACCUCAAACUAUCGGCGGGCGCAAAUCGAUCAGAAAGCGAUGGAGUUGACGAAAGUUGCAAACGUGACCGUGAAGAAAAAUCAAUACAAUGAACAGGAAAUCAAAAGCGACUGGCAUUGCCUCGAAGGGGGAUUCGCGACUGUGCUAUAGUACUUAUGUUACUACUUCUAACUUCUAUUUUUUACCUCGUAGAGGCAGGAUUCGCGACUGUGCUAUAGUACUUGUUAAACUACUUGUUCUCUUUAGAACACAGGAACAUCACAAACAUAGAAGAUGAUAGGAACAUCAAACAUCAAGUGAUAUGAGUGAACAAGGCAAAAGGAAGUCAAAGUAGUUAUUGGUGUCUUCAAUAGGAGCAGUAGUAGUCGGGUACCCAAUCAUGGGGUAUAAGUAGUGCACCCAUUCAACACAUUUGUAUCACAAUCAAUCAAUCUUCUUCGCCUUUCACCAAAGCCAAAGAACCACCCCUUCAGAAUUUUGCUUUGCACGAAACUGCAUCAAAAACCACACUACAGUAGUUACGAAGUCGUUGACCAAAUCGUCCAAAAAACAACACAGCUACGAAGUAGUCGGCUGCUACUUUUAUUCGCAUGAGGGGACAACCUACCCCCUAACCCGCUUUCGAAUUAAGCUCCAGACCGGUAAAACACAUCAGAUUCGUGUCCAAGUCAAUUAUGAUCACAAGAUAUAGUAUAUCGGCUUCGGCAUCGGCUCUAGGAUGUUGGCGAUUUGGGUGAUUAAUCCGUAGUGUGGAUACUUGGAGUUUUUGAUGUCUGUCACGACUUGGAAUUUCUAAUUACCUCAAGGAGGAGUUUCCAAUUUCGAGGCACUCAGGUGUCCUUGAUAUUGUUUAGUCUCCCAGAUAGUACAUGUAAGACUAUGUGAGACUCAUGCCAUGCCAUAAUAGCUUUGUUCAAGAAUCAUUCCCACCAUGGUCCAUCCCCUUCCCCUUCCUUAAGAUUGGUCCUUCUAACUGCGAGGUUAGUGAAGUUAAAUAACCUAGUACAAUCUAUUUUUUCACACUCCCUUUCUUAUUUCUAAUCCCUGGAGUUUUUGAUGUCUGUGACCACUAUGGGAGGGCAAUUGGCGAACAAACCGAAUAUGCCGACGGGUCUCAUCGGUGAUUUCUCCUACACUCAUGGUACUUGGAGAAAAAAAGAGGGAGGCGUUCAAGAACCGUGGGAGCGUGCAGCCGAAGCCUGUGAUGGAGCGGUAUACUUCUCGCUCAACUAUUUUUACAUGGAAGAAGAAGAUGACUACUUAGAUGAAAUACUCAUAUUUAUUAAUAUUUAUAACCGAGUAGUUUUUAGUCGUGACUGAAACAAAUAUUCUCACCAUUUACUAGCCUUCACAGGCAUGAAGAUGUCCUCACUUGUCUAUUUGCACACGACCCAUAGUUGUACCUCUCCUCCUCCAAAGCUCAUAUCUCAUAUUUGCACACGACCCAUAGUUGUACCUCUCCUCCUCCAAAUCUCCUCCAAAUCCUACAGUUAUGUCCUCGGGUCUAUUUGCAUACUGGCGUUCUCGGAUGGAUGAUGGACGACGAUGACGUGAACCGAGUGCUGACGUGCCUAACGCCGCGACCUAGGGAGCUCACAGAUUGCGUGCAAAGAAUAAGCGAAGACAAGAAUAGAAAACGGGAUCUAAACAACGCGAGGAAACUAACAUCUUCAGAUGCAGCAAAUGAGGAUGAAGGUACUAGUGGUAUUGAUAUUAGUACUUGUAGGAAGUGGUCAAGAUGUUAAUAAUGUUAUAGCAGUUAUUCGUAAAAAUGAUGAAAACGUGUUACAGUCAGUGUGAUACUAGCUACACUGCCUAGCAUAUGAUUCUUGAAGUAGAAUCCAUCUAAAUCCAAAUGAUUUCCGAAUGAUGAUCAACAACAAUCGGCUACUUGUGAACAGGUGCUAACAGAGCAGUGCGAAAAAGGCACACCCGAGAAGAGGUGCAGAACAAGAUGAAGUUGCGAUUUGACAGGUGGAUAUCCCAAUUCCGUAUCAAUACGCAGAUCGAACGACAGCUACUCCAGCUUUUCACCAUCGAACAGUUGAACAAAUUCAUCGCGCAUUGGUACUCCUGACGCGCAUUUUUUGUUUAUUUUGUAGGAAUAAGUACAACUACACCCAACAAGUAAACUACCCUACAGACAUAAAAACAAGUUUAAAAAGAAAGUUGACAUAAAGCAGUGGGAGAAAAUUGUAGGAAGUGACAUACAUAUGAACUUUUAUUGUGUUUGUUGUAGGAAUGAGUACUACACUCACUGGGAAUACUUAAUUCACGUGCUGCAUGCUUUUCUUUGAUGUGACAAGCAGAAGUAUCUCAAAUCCUUUUUAUUGUUUCCUCUUUGAGACUUAGAGACGUUGACUGCUUGCAUUACUCGUGCUCCGAUUAUACCACUACUAGGUAUGCCGUUUGCCCCUGUUCCCGUGAGGGUGAAAGCAGAGCAAUAAGGGCUUUUGAGUCGGAGAACCAACGUGACCACUCCGAAAUGGUUCACCGAAUGAUCAAGCAGUACUGUAGUGCCUCUUAUCUCGAAUACCUUUUCCGUUUCGGAGUAUUUGACUGUGGGUUUGGCAUCACCAUCCCACAAGACAUACCUUUCGACAAAAAGGGAGCCUACGACAACAAGGAACGGGUCCAAUUUGAACUGUGGGAUUGGUACUUGCUUUUGCUACUAGCUACUUCAAUUCGACCUUUUGGGUGAUGCCUGUGCUUGCCUUGUGUUUGUGCUGUGAGAUAUUAAGAUGGUGGAAUAGUAUCGUCCCGCCGGUAGUCUAGGACCACUAGUAGGGAUCAUGCCAAUCAAUCAAUGUCUCUGUGGAAGUGUUCGGGUUUCUGUGUUUCAAUUUCUCUGUGUGUGCCAAUCAAUCAAUGUCUCUGUGUUUCAAUUUUCGAAGCAAAAUGUCUUGAGUUGCUUGCGAUGAAGCAGGUAUUCUCAAAGUUGCUUCUUGUAUCAUACAUCAUGCCAACCAAACCAUCUUCACGACAGGUUGCUUGCCGAGUUUCCUGAUCAUGGGCCUCGACGUCAUUUUCAUGAGCUCUAUAAAGCACCCGUGAAGCCUGGAUGGUUUUUUUAAGGCUACGUUGUACACGAAAUCCAUCUUCACAGGCAUCCUGAGACCAUUCGGCUCCCAAGGGGAAAAAGGUGUUAGGAUGCGCCCCAAGAUGGAUUUCUCUUGGUUCUAAUUUUGAGUAGCUUUACGCGACGUUAAUGAUCCGGAGGACAAGCAUCGGGUCUGGUUUCAACGAGGUACAGAAAACGAGCCGGUCUUAGUCCCCAAAGGCCAAGCGGACAAAGACUUGAGCAAGAAUGUCUCUCAACGAGGACACUUAAGGCUUGUUAUUUUUUCAGAAUUUUUCAAAGUACUUUUUAUCAGAAUGCAUCCAUCGAUCCACAUCGAUAUUUCCCUAAUGUUUCAUCAUAUCAGUUUAAUCAUGAGUACGUCAUAGAAUAGGUGUAUCCCUACACGUAACAUAUGAGGUGACUCAUGAGUAUGUAGUAUAAAACGCAUAUCUUGAGGAUAUCUUUGAUCCUUUCUCUCGUCUGUUUCCAAGCGGAGGAAAAUACAACAUAGCAAUAGCAUGCAAUACAAUUUAUUCGACAAGAUGAACAAUUGUUCUCUAAGAAAAAAUGUGGGAGCUCAAGGUAUGGAGCUUGGUGUUGAGAAGCGAGCGUUUGUGACCGCGAUGCAUCCACAUCAAGACGCCGUUCGAGCGUUGAGGCAUAAGGCGGAAGAUGCGAGGUGUAAACCGGGGUGGAAAGUUGUCCGCGAAGAACCCAGCAGACCUGGAGGAACAGCAAGGAAACACUUGUACUACUCAUAAUUGAGAUCAGAGGACUGUGUAGUCGAAGUAGCUGUCUCUACAAAAAGAAAAAUGAUAAAGCUCUUAUCAUCUUCUCACGGACUUAGACCUAGAAUGGAACGACCCUAUGUUGAUCUAAGUAAGUAGUAGUUCUUAGCCCCUUUCCGCAAGUCAUUUCAGUUACUUACAAUAGAUUCAAAUUGACGAUAUGAAGAUAUUGUUGCACAUGAGUGAUCCAGUAGAUCCGAUCACCAAGGGGAUGAUACAUCAUUGGAACAAUCUCGAUUAAGAAUCUCAACAUCUUCAAAAAUUCCCUCAGCGCUUUCUACGGGGAGAAUACGCCAAGGUCGGAAAUGACGGGGCCACCGAUAAUGACUUCAACCACGUGGAUGGACGCCCUAAGAAGUACUCAAGAACAAGAAGAGCGAGAGGAGAAGAGUAAGCGAAGAUACAUCAUGAAGGUCGUGAAGAAGUGGGGGUAUCAGGAGAAAACGAACAUGAUCAAACAGUGGCAUGGUUUAUGGGAAAAGUUGAUUUAGUGGAAGAGAUGCUUUGACAUACUUAAUGUGACCUUCUAUUUUUUUAGAUUGUCAGGGCGGGGCGCUUUUCUAGCGUGUUUAGUGUCUAUAUUGCAAUUAUCAGCUGCAUAAGACCAUAGCUAACGUCAGGCAGUCGCAGAAGUGAAUAUCUUUAUCUUAGCAAGGACACAAUAGAACAGCUAGAGAGGACUUCCAUUUUCUUCUUCUAACUCUGCUCCGUCGCAAGUUGGAAGCCGAGCAAGCGGGUAAGAUCGAUGCGAAUUUGAAUGUCUAUGCGCGAACAAAGUUGAGGAAACGACGUGAAAUAGGCCGGGACGAAGACGGCAACCCUAUUUACUUAAGGCUCCUCAAUGUGUUUCAUUUCUACAACAAGUCAUUUCUCGCAGUUGCCCUCUUCUUGGGAUUCUGAAGAAAUGAAGGAAAGGCAAUGGAAUGGAAUGGAAGGUAACAUUGAGCUCUAAUAUACGAAGAAAUGGAAGACAGCGAGUUGGAUGAAGAGGACAUGGCACUUAGCAUCAACAUCCCAGCAGUAGAGGACGACGACCGUAAAACCUGGGACCGAGGUUGGAAGCCCAAGGACAGGAUGUUCCAGACCAAAUGGAGAAAAGCCGCUGAGGCCAAUAGAUGGAGAGAUCGUGCUGUGUGGGCAAAGGAUUUGCGAGCACCAAUACCUGCAGACGAACAGGCAUUGCGAGAUAAAGAAGCAAAUUAUGACAAUGUUGACCCGUGUGGAGGAAAGAUUCAGAUGUUCGUUUGUAUUAACUUAGAGUUUUGAUGUGGGUUCGUUCAAAAAUUUUGUAGUUGUACAGUGUAGUUAUAGAUUGAUUGUUGUCUACUUACUUUAAAUGAAUUCAGAAGAAACUACCCAACAUUCUCUUGAUCUUCCAGCUUGUUCUAAGGAGUACUCCUCGGACUCACAGAUGAUCCGCCAGGAACAGGAGACUCAGGUAAUGCAGACGCUACAGCAAACGGAGGAGACGUAGAGAUGGAUGACGCCUAUGACAAUGGUGGCAAUGACGUCGAGAUGGCAGACGCGAACGAUGACGCUGGACCUCAAGAAAGUAGCUCUUCGUCUAAAGGGAAAGACAAAGGCAAAGGAAAGUGCGACACAAAGGGGGGCAAGAAGCCUUCGACUAGCGCCAUGGACAUCAGUUGGGAUGAUGAUGCUGAUUGGGAGAAGGAUUUUGAAGCGUAUCAAAAAAACCGAACAGCCGAACCUUCGUCGUCAUCUGCUGCUCCAGCUGCUUCUCGUCCGCGAGAAGACUUGAGUAGCCUGUUUGCGCGUGGAGGGUCUGCUACCGCAUUGGCAGACUUUGAUGAAGACGCAAUGCGUGCACAGGACCUGGCGGAGAAGAUCAGGAUCCAGAAGUUCGGAGCCAGAACCGCGAAGGAGGCAAAGGAGAAAGCGAACCAACUCCAGCAAGUGCAAGCAAUCAUGUUAUGAAUGAUGAUAAAGAUUGAGGUUGAUCCAUUACAAUACAUGAUUCAGACAUGAUUGAAGGAGGGUCAGUGUGGACUUGUUGUUUCAUGGUGUGUCUGACCGAUUUGAACAAAGACACCUAUUUUCGUUCUAGUAUGAAGGUUGUAUUUUUAGUAUGAAGCUCGUCUCAAUACAUAGAUAAGCGCAAAAUUUUCUAUACUACAGGGGCACAUCGUUCUCAAGUCUAAUCUGAGAGGACUUACAGAAGACGGAUCCCAAGUAUCAGUACGCACCACCAACGGUUGAGGAUGCGCUUGCCGAACUAAAGAGGCGAGAAGAGGUGAAGAAAAGGCAGGAGAACAAUAAGGUACUUCUACUUAAUAUGUGAUGUAGAUACAGUCUUAGACAUCGGGUGGUUGUUGAAGUUGUAUCAGGGUUAUUGUUGUUGACAGUCAUUGUUAAUCAUUUUUCACUUUCAUCGAUUCUGUUCUUCAGGACUACACCAAGGAUGCAGAGGGGAAUGUGAUAACGCCUACUUUGGGUGCUAUCGAUGACGAGGAUCCAGAUACAUGUCACGAAUUUUUUGAGAAGGCGUACUCAACGAGGGACCCAACGGUGUAUUACUAUCGCCACAAGUUCAACAAGAAACUAACCACGAGGAAGAAGCCUCUUUUUGUGCCUAUCGAUCAGCCACCGAACUUGGAGCCUGGCUGGAAAAAGGUGAAGAGUACAAACGUUUGCGGGAAAUACUACUUCAAAUUCGAUCCGCCAGAAGUUAUGAUCUUUCACUGAUGAUUAUUUUUGGAUUCUCUUAGAGUCUUCAGCACUUCUUUGUCCAUAUAUUUUUUUCCUGUUUCUGAGGAAAUCACUAUCGAUUUCGCUUCUCGUUCUUCGUCUCCCUCCUCUUUAGUCACUAUUGCUUUCUCUCCUUUAUAACUCAUGCCAUCAAUCAAUCAAUCAAUCAGUCAACUUUUUUCUCCCACUGCUUUAAAUUUGUCAACUUCCUAAGGAAUGAUUUCCAUUUACUUACCUUUUCGACUCUUCUAAUUCUUGUCUCCACGGUGUAAAACCAAAGGCCCAGGAGCAGCAUCCUGUGACGAAUCGGAAGUGGUUGGACAACUUGCGGAUACCUCCUGAUUGGGAAUUUGCACACUCCAGAUCGAACAAGAAUGACUACUAUUUCAGGUACUAGCUACUCACUUCGUGUUCUUCUUGGACGAAAAGUUCGCUGAGGUUUACAAACUGUAGAACACGAUAGAUACAAAAAAGGGGGAAAAAGCCAAAAAAAUCGUGGAUGUAUAUAUAAAUGCUAUUUCAACAAAUAUUUCAAAUAGUUUUCUGUUUUCCUUUCCUGUAGUCCCCAAUGUCUCAAAAAAUGAGAGUACUACUUAGAGAUUAAAUUUGGUUCGUUUUCCUUUUUUUACAAGGAGUAGUAUCGAGGAACGAUCAGCUUUCUUAUAAUCAACACAGGAGCAAAGUCGAUCCGAAUAUUGUGACGAAGAUGCAUCCAGAUCCUCGGUAUCGUUGUUUUAGUGCGUUCACGAUGCCAUGGUUUAGAGAUCCGAUAGACUAUGCUGGCACAAACCUAACAGCAGAAGAAAUCGACCAGCGGGUAUGGCACGAUGGGCCGUCAGCGAAACCAUCUCCGAUAAUAAAAUCCAUAAUCCCGCCCGAGUCUGGUGCAGCGGGUAAGCCAGCUACGGAGGGGGAAGGAAGCAAUGCAGCUGUAGGACCUGGAGCAGCAGGAGGGAGUGGCACUGGCGUUGUUGCACAAGGUAGUAGAACAGGAGCAGUCGUGCUUGCACCUGUAACUUCUUCAAAUAGUGCUGCUGCGGCACCAGCGGUUGUAGCUAGUACUACAAGCAAGACUAGUACUGGCGCACCAGGUGUGGUUGAUGAACCGAAAGUUGCUGAUAAUUCUGGAGGAGCAGCUCCAGCGUCUUCGGGAGCGGCAGCUGCAGCAGAAGCGUCUUUCGUAUCGAAUUUUGCGUGCGAGAAGGCACCUUCGAAGCCAACUCCCUCUGAUGAAGCGCAAAAGGAAGCGCCAGCUUCCGGUGAUGCAAGUGCAGUAGUACCUGGCGCACCUGCGACUUCUUCUUCAGCAGCGGUUGCAGGUGAAGCAGCAGACCCUAAUCCGGCGAAGCCCCCAGCCGGCAAAGAGUCUGUUGCUGCACCCGCUGCAGUUGCUGCCGCACCUGCUGCUCAAGACGAUGAGAUGGAUGAGAAGAAAGCCAAGAAAGAGAAGAAAGCUGCUAAAAAAGAGAAGAAAGCCGCCAAACUCGCUGCGAUGGAUGAGGCCGAAGCAGCACAGCAUCUCGAGAAAAAGAAAGAGAAGAAAAAAGAAAAGAAAAAGAAGAAAGAAGGAGGAGGUGCUGGGGGCGAAGAUGCACCAGAGGGAGAAGGUGACGGUGCUGGGGCUGGCGCUGGCGAAGGUGAGACUGGAGGUGAAAACGAGGCUCAGAACAAUGGUCAGGGUGACGAGGCAGCGCCUUCUCCUGACCGACCUUAUGAUGCGGCUGCAGCAGCUGAAUUCGACGCAAUUGACGCAGCAGGCGACCUUCCUGGAGGUGAUGACCUGCUGGGAGCCUGAAGAGUGAGUCCUCCGUUAAACGUCGAUGCUAAGGCAUGACAUCAAUAUCAACUUCAACAGCAGCUAGUAUAAAGUGAUUUUUUUGAAUGAUCCCCAUCCAACCAAAAAUGGUUUUUCAACUAUAAUAUUCCUACGCAAUUGAUAAAAGGCUAAUUUCAUAACUGACGUAGAUGAGACAGAGAGUAAUUUAUCCCCUCGUCUAGAGGGGUAGAAACUGGGGAUGGGCGAUUGUGGAAGACAAUAGUCUUGAAAUUAAAUAAGGACGAGAGGUACGUAUUAUUUCCCACACGCCGCGAGGCUCCCAGACAUAGGAAGACAUCCAGCUUAUUACAGAAAUACAAGGAUGACAAUUUUUAUGCGUAUACCCAGCAGCAGAAAUAUUUUUAAUGUCGAAGAGCAUCUCGGGGACCAGAACCUCGAAGACAAUCUUAUAAAUAUUUUAUAUAUACCUUAUAUCUUUCUUACGAGUGUUUCUUUGUACACUCUAUCUUCGGCUUGGUAACUUUAACUCCCAUCAAAUUACAACAGAAAGAACAUCAUUGGACUUAGACGAGCAAGUCAAUCAUCAUUUUCCUUAGACGAGUGUGUGUUCUUCAUACUGUAAUAUGAAUCAUACAGCAACCAAGAGACAGUCUCGGUCAGCACAUAAAGGAAGAGCGCUUUAUUAUAGCCGGCAUAGAAGAGAUCUGAUCCUCUGCACGUGACGAGUCCGUGUAAUUUGAUCUUUGUAAUUUGAUCUUUUUGGUUGGCUCAUGAUCUCUUGGAACGGACGAGGUCGUGGACUAGCUUUUCAGUAUCCCAGCGGAACUAGAAGAUUAACACGCACCAGAUUACGAUUAUUGGC